AUGUCAAGCAUUCCGGAGGAGAUUUACUUUGAAAUCUUUUUAAAGGUACCAGAAGUGCAAUCACUAUUAGCUUGCAAGUAUGUAUGCAAGACAUGGAUUUACAUAAUUUCUAACCUUGAUUUUGUUAAGAAGCAACUUAAUCUUACAAUCAAAAGAAACAACCCUAAUCUCAUGCUUCAAGUUUCCGAGAAUUACACGCCUACUUUCCGUAACGAAUACUACUCCGAGAAGUGUUUGCCUAGUUGUCGUAACGUAUUUUACUCCAUACGUCAUGAUUCACUAGAGUCAUUACUGUCGCCGGAUAAAUUCUUUCAUGAUUAUGCGCUGGAAUUGGAUUGCCCAUUGAAAUCACUAAGUUAUACAGUUGAAGUUAUGGGUUGUUGUAAUGGUCUGGUUUGCCUAUGGUUCUGGAAAAAGCAGUUAUUUUGUCUUUGGAAUCCUGCCACGAGAGAGUAUUAUAAAGUAUUACCAAAAUCAAAUAUUCAUGAUGAUGAUGUUAAAUUGGUUAUGGUUGCACCUGGUUAUGAUGAUAGGAUUAAUGACUACAAGUUAUUUGUUUGUUCAGAUAGUGUAUCCGAAGUCUAUUUGUUAGGUUUAAAUUCAUGGAGAAGCAUUGAGAACGUAACUCGUAAUGAGUUUCUUGUGGGCCACGAAUCUGGAAUACUUCUCAACAGAAAGCUUCAUUGGUUGGGAAGAAGCCCGCAUAACUCUUCUUCUGCUCUAGUCUAUCUAGAUAUCAGCAACGAGAUAUUCAAAGAAAUGGAUUUACCAGCAGAAGUUUCAGAGUUUGACUUAUUUUUUAAUUUGGGGGUGUUGGAAGGGUGCCUUCGAUUACUCUCAACCUCAGACCUUGAUGAUCAUGUUAAAAUAUGGGUAAUGCAGAAUUACGGAGUUUGGAAAUCUUGGACUAAUCGUUAUAUCGUGAAGAAUAAAAGAAUUGUUGAUGACACUUCUCUUAGGCUUUUGUGGUCUUUUAAGAGUGGUGAGGAUCUAUUUCGGGGUGAUCAAGCUGGUCUACUUUUAUAUGACCCUAAAUAUGGAAGUCCAAGACUUUAUGAGAUGUGA